AUGCUACAGGACACUCGUGACAAAAUCGCGUUCUUCUGCUCCUCACCUUCAGGACAAAAAUUGCACGACAUCGGAACUACACAUGCCAACACCCGACUCCCCGGAAGGAGUGAGCGUAUAAAAACACCCGCAGCUCUCACUCACCCUCACACUUGUCACUCGUGUCCUACUACUGCAACUAUGAAGGUCCAGGUCUGCACAGCCUUGGUGGUGGUGCUGGCGGCGGCUAUGGUGGUGGAAGCCGGCCCACGGCAUCGUUCGGGAUUCUGGUUCGGCUUCAUCCGUCAAGUCACCUCUGAAGUGUGCGGGGAUGACAAGUGCUUCCCUGAGGGUCGGGAGUGCUUCAAGCAGAUGAGGCCCCAGAACUACACGGAGGAUAUGCUUGAGGAGGUCAAAACCAACCUGACUGAGUGUGCCGGCGACGUGGACUUCAGCGCGCUCCAAUUGGAGGACAUCAUACCGAAUAAGGAAGGUCACCACGCAUUUCAUCUCUUCAUGAGUAAGUUCAAUGUGGGCGACACAGACAAGCAGUACGCCCUCCUCCAGUGUUUCUUGGAACGCAACGGACAACUCCCCGCCCUGCUGUCCUGUCUGCGAGAAAUUCAAACUGACGCAGCGACUGGGACUUCAUAAACAUCCCAUUCAUGUGAAAGAUGCAAGACUGAAGGCAACAACAACAGGGAUUACGAGUUGGGAUCGACUCUCUCUCUCUCUCUCUCUCUCUCUCUCUCUCUCUCUCUCUCUCUCUCUCUCUCUCUCUCUCUCUCUCU